GGAGAACCACCAAAAAGCACCUCCUAAACAAUACAUAUCACACUAAAAUAUAUGUGAUGAAAGUGAGAGAAAUGGAACUUUUCAGACUCGACUGUUGCUGAUAACCAGAUAAUCUAUUAUAGUCAGGUCUUGCUUGACUCGAGAGACAACCGUUUCAAAACGAGAUUCAAUAGCUAGCCACAACUUCCCAACUUCCUAUUGAGACUAUAUGAAAAGCAUAGGUACUUCCAACAAAAAAAUAAAUAAUUUCCACUCCAUCCGGAGGUACGCAACCGUAAAAACGCACUUUCACGGUACCGUUUCCACAGGUAAUGCUAAGGUAGGUACUUCUCCGCGGUAUCGGUUCGCUGCUGGGUCGAAUUACAACAGGUACACAAGGUAACGACUGAUAAUUUUUCGUAGUCACGUUAUCAGAAACGCGAAUACUCGAUACAAACUUUGCCUCGCGCCGCCACUCAGUUUACAAACGAAAACAAUACCUUAUAGCACCUUUCCGUUUCAUUUUUCAUUCAUUCAUUUAUCAUCUAACGAUUUGAUUAGAUUCGAACCCGCGGAGUAAUUAGUUUUGGCGCCAAAGGAUUUUUGGUUGUUCUUCGAACCAUGAAUUCGGGAAUUUCCUUGGAAAAUGAAAAAAGUUUGUGUUGUGUUUAUGCAGUGAUGUGAUUUUUAAUUGAAAUUGAAUUUUGGCGAAAAUGAGAGAGAUUUGGACAAAACAAGAUGAACGUAGGAUUAGCGACGGGCAACCUGUUGCCAAAAAAUGGAAUAUAACAGAUCCUGUGUACAAACCCAAAGGUCUGUCGCAUUCGCCUUCGUUGCGAGCCAUAAGGAACUACAACGACUUACCGAUUGACAGGAGUUCGGGUGAAGGCGUCGACAAUCCCGGGUUCGAAUCCGAUUAUAAAUAUGAAUACUAUACUUAUCCUGGACCAGGCUAUAGUGUUCCAAACGAUAAUAGCAGUAAGCUGUCCGAAAACGAAUACCCUACCAUCAGCACCAGAUCCAUGAAAACGACUUACUCCGGAGGCUCAGAAGUUCACUCAAAUGCAGACAACGAAAUGGGUUCCAAUGUUAAACUGGUUACGGCGAAAGUUGAAAUGUCCUGCAAAACAUGGUGUACCCACGUUUCAACGAUAAUCUGCACCAUCUCCAUGGCGGCAGCUCUGGGCAAUCUGUACCGAUUACCGCAGACCGUCCUUUUACGCGGAGGUUUACCAUUCCUAGUCGUUUACGCCAUAUUGACUGUGAUCAUCGGACUACCCUUAUUGUUUCUCGAACUCGGAAUAGGACAGAUGGCCCAGGAGGGAUUUAUCAAAAGUUGGAGAGCCGUGCCAUUUUUUAAAGGAAUUGGAUACGUGAAACUUCUAGCCGGAUGUUUGCUGAGUAUAUACUACCCUAUCUACAUGGGGCUUGCCAUAAUGUAUUUAAUUUGGACACUUAAAGGGUCAGUUCCGUUUGUUGAAUGUUCCAAUGGAGUUGUUAUAACUGCAGAUGGAUAUGUUCCAGCUGCAAUCAAUGGCCAAGAAUGUAUUAGGAACACAUUCAUAAAAUCACCAUUCCAGGAUCCAUACUAUUUUGGAAUUUAUGCAGCGUUACUUUUGUUUAUUUGGAUAGUGAUCAUUGUUUUAUCUAUACGAAGAACAAAAAGCUACAUAAGAUCCCUAAUAUUAUUGCUUUUUCCAACGAUGGUGUGUUAUAUAGCUUUAACAACAAAAUCCAUCUUGCUUGAAGCUGAAAUGGCAGUUUUGUAUAAAAUGGCCGAAAAUGUUGAUUGGAGUAUACUUAAAACUGCUGAAGUUUGGUACUACGCAACCAUUCAAGUAUUCUUCUCAACCAACAUUGGUUUCGGAUCGUUUAUCACAAAUGCCGGCAUAAUGUAUAACAAAGUAAAUCCUCUAUGGACGGCUCUAGGUUACAUAGCGAUAAAUUUAAUAUUUGGAACUGGCUCUGUAAUAAUGACAACCAUAUUGACUGGAGCCACUAGUAACGAUACCAAUUCGACGAUAUCGUCUACAGUUGCAGAAGUGCAGCUUUUUACCUUAAUUUAUGACGCUAUGGUGAAUCAGAGUAGUGAUUUUAAAAAUUGGAUGAUUGCCACGUAUUUGUUGGUCAUAUUUUCAGGGUUUGUGAGCAUGGCAACUCUCUCAUACACCCUCCUCAAAGCAAUCUACGGCCACGACGGUAUAAGACUGAAAUGGUGGCAGACCAGCGUCGUUUUCAGUUUUUCAGGAUUUAUAUUAAGUUGCUUGCUCCUACUGAAAAAUGACUUUGACUUGGUGCAUCUUUUAGACCAUUACAUUGUCGGCAACCUGAUUUUCAUAUGCGUGAUUAUUGAAGUUUUCGCAAUGAUGGCGUUUUAUGGCCUAACAAGAAUCCAAUCUGAUUUUGAAUUUAUGCUAGGCCACAUCCUGUUGAAAGUUUGGCUAUUUUUAUGGUGGCUUACUCCCAUAUGUUUAACAAUUAUAUUUAUAUGGGCUCUGAUAGGCUUACCAUUGGAAGGAAUAUACAAAAUUGAUCCUGUAUGGAUGGUUGCCUUAGGAUGGUCUGUGGUGAUAAUGGCUUUUAUGUUUAUCAUUGUUAUAGGUAUUUUUGUCACGAGAAAACAGAAUGGCUAUACUAUAAAAGACAAACUCAAAGCCUCUUUGGAACCGUCUCACAAUUGGGGUCCCAAAGAUCCGAUGCUUCGCUACAAUUGGGUUCAGUGGAACUCGAAAUCCCAAACAGGCGAGCGUGACUUUACACUAAAACGUCGAGGCACCAAAGAAUACACGAAAACCAUAAGAAAAAGAGUCAAAAAGGAGGCUAGCCAGCUUUAUAACGGCUUACCUGGAGCUUACUUCAAAAAUACCGAUACCACUAUUAAUAAUAAUAUUAUAGGAAACGGUGCUUUGGUCAAUGAAAAUGCUAAUAGAAUAAGUCAGCAGAGUAAUGAAUAUAGUAGAAUAAGUAACACAAGCAAUAACUAUAAUUCCAUAUAUUAUAUAAGCAGUGACGUUAAAGCAAAUAGAAACGGACACGUUGCCUCUGAUCAAAGUAUGAUAGAUUCUCUGGAACCAGAAAUAGUACCGAAACGACACCACCACCAUCACCACCACAAAGUACCCAAAGUCCACAGGAACACGUACCCGACCGAUAAUAAUUACAAUUACACUGAACCUGAACCAAGGCAUAGUUAUCCUAGUAAUAAGGAAAUCGUAAAUGAUGAAAAUUCUGAAGGCUAUGGGACUUUUAGAAAUAAAGGUCCGUAUAUCAUAGAUGGGGAUAUCGGUCAUGUAUGUCAUAAGAGGUACGAUAGCGAACAUGAAGCUGUAACUGAGCUUUGAGGAUUUCGAUUUUAAUAUUUGUUAUGUAAUGUAAUAAGAGUGAAAUGCUAGUGAUUGUAUUAUAUUUUAUUGUAAAUAAUUUUGUAUAUUUUGUUUAAGUGCAAAUACAGUUAGUUUAUAUGUAGAUUUUUUUGUAUUAUUUAAUAAACAGCGUCUUAAAUUAA